UCAGAAGCAGAAGGAAUGUAUUGUUUUGAAAGCCACACAAGGCUGGACUUUGAGGAGUGGCGAGGCAUGGGCCAUAAUGACACUGCUAGCUUAAACCGUAUUGUGAUGUUUGUUUUUGUGUGUAAAUGAUAAAUGGCCAUUAGUUCUAGCCCUUGUCAUUCUCACCACACGUUUAAACCACUUCAUCGCUUUGUUUUUGUCUCUCUUUAGGACAUGUUACACCUUACAGAGAUGGAUCUGUUGGGCUUGGGUGUCCAAAGUCGUCUCCAUCGCAUUCACAUUCUCUCCAGUAUCCAAGUGCUGCGAGAGCGUGAAACAAAAAGAGAGCUGAGGAUGAUGGCAGAAGGGAGGUUUUCUAGUCUGCCUAGGAACAUGCACAUUGGGCGGCAGUGCACGCUCGCAUCUUCUAUGGAUCUGCUGAGCUCACGGCCUGCCAUGGCCGAGAUGCCGGUCAGCGGCUACCAGGGAGUCUCCAUCCAUGGUACCCUGCCUCGCAAAAAGAAGAAUGGCACUAGUUCCCCUGUGAAGCAGUGGGAGAUGAAUGGAAACAUGGGGUUAUCAGUAGCACCAUACCCGGGCCGAUAUCGCCUGCCACCAUCACCACUAAUACACAACAUUAUUGAAGAACACCAGGCUUUCCACUUUGACAGGAAGAGCAGUGUAUCAUCCAAGGACGGUGCAGGCAUGGACCCUACCAUGGAGUAUGUCAAGUUUUCAAGGGACAAGUACAUCAUGGAUGGACCACCGGAAAAGCUUUGGCGAGAACUAGAAGAAGAACUGAAACUGAGCAGUGAGGAACCACGGAGCCAUGCCUGGUAUCAUGGAGCCAUCCCUAGACAGGUGGCUGAUAACCUGGUUCAGAGAGAUGGAGACUUUCUGAUCCGAGACUCCCUGUCCAGCCCGGGAAACUACGUUCUGACCUGCCAGUGGAAGAACACACCUCAACACUUCAAAAUCAACAAACGGGUAGUAGCCAUGAACGAGGCCUACUCACGUGUUCAGUACCUAUUUGAGAAGGUGGGAUUUGACAGCGUCCCUGCGUUGGUGCGAUACUACGUAGGCAACCGUGAGCCAGUAUCUGAGGUUGUCGGAGCGAUCAUCUUUCAGCCAAUCAACAGAGCUCUGCCUCUGAGAUGCCUGGAGGAGAAAUACGGAGUUGGAUCUAUACGUGCAGAGGCGGGAUACUCCGAGAGAAAGAGCCUGACUUCCAAACGGUUGAGUCUGAAUAUCAUGAACGGACACACCCAGGAUCACACCCUCAGCCGUGGGAACCUCCUCAGCAACAAAGAUAAGUGUGGGAGUCAACCAGCAUGUCUAAACCACGUUCAGGAGAGGAGACGGCCACUGAAGACCCAUCAGUCGGAGAGCUUUCUCCCUAUCGGCUGUAGGCCCCAGGCUCAGGUUCAGCAUAUGGAGCACCAGCCAUGCCCCAAAUCCCCAGUUUUCCGCACAGGAAGCGAGCCAGCUCUGAGCCCCACAGUGUCACGCAGAAUGGCCUUUGACACCCAUCCUGGCGAGGCCAUUCGUGGAUCUGACAGCCAGCUGUGUCCCAAACCGCCCCCUAAACCCAGCAAGGUUCCCUCUAUGAGAGUAUCCUGCACCCCAGGCCUGAAGACCCUCUCCCCACCUGUCCCCCCAGUAAAGCCUCAUAAACAUCAACCUUUAUCUCAGCAACAGCAGCAGUCGGGCAGUCCAGAAUUAAGCUACUGUGAACUGAGUCCAUGCAGCCCUGCUGACUGGGAAAAGAUGAAUAGCUCACAGGCUAACGGCUAUGUGGAGAGGCUAAAGACUGAGGAGGAGUUAAGGAGAAGUGAUAGUAGCGUUAAACUAGACCGUAGCUCCUACCAUAAUGCCAUCAAGGCCCUAAACAACGACAGUGAGGAGGAUGUGGAUAAAGAACGGGAUUGCAAGAAAGGCUUCCAAAGACCUGUGUUUGAAACUGAAUCAGCGUUCAAACCUGGUGACAUCAACUUCCGGCUUCUACCAGUGGAGAACAAGCCACUGGAGAUGACCGUGCUGAAGAAAGCCAAAGAGCUGUUCGUCAGUCAGGAUCCAAAGACCAUCGCCAAACACAUCCUGAAAGCAGACUGCCAGGUUGCUAGGAUACUAAAUGUUUCAGAGGAGGUGAAAGGUCAAAUGGGUGUGACCUCUGGGCUGGAGCUGGUAACCCUUCCUCAUGGGAGACAGCUGCGGCAGGACCUCAUGGAAAGGCAUAACACUAUGGCGAUUGGAGUUGCUGUGGAUAUCCUGGGGUGUACAGGAAGUCUGGAGGAGAGAGCAGCCACACUAAACCGGAUCAUUCUGGUCGCUCUGGAGCUGAAAGACUCCAUGGGAGAUCUUUAUGCCUUUUCCUCUAUAAUGAAAGCACUGGACAUGCCUCAGAUUACCAGACUGGAUCAUACGUGGACUAGUUUGCGAAGAAAAUAUACGCAGACUGCCAUUAUUUAUGAGAAAUCCUUGAAACCAUUCUACAAAGGACUCUAUGAAAGAAGUGCUGAAGUCCCACUGAGCAAUGCCAGUGUUCCGCUGCUAAUGCCGCUGCUCACCUUGAUGGAGAGGCCUGCGGUCACCUUCGAGGGUAUGGACGCCUGGGAGAACAACGACCAAGGCUGUGAAAUCAUGUUCCGGCACUUGGAAGGAGCUCGUGCUGUUGCACGCAAUGCGGACACAUACAGCUGCAACGCACAGCGGAUCCUCCAGGGAUUCCAACCUAAUGAUGACAUGUUGGAGAUCUUGAGGACUGAUUUCCAGUUGCGUCUGCUAUGGGGCAGCAGGGGGGCAGCUGUGGAACAGACAGAGCGAUACGACAAAUUCAAACUCAUCCUUAUGGCCCUGUCCAGAAAACUAGAGCCUCCAGUCAAACACACAGAACUCUGAAAAACCAGACACUUUAUAUACAUAUUAGACUCUCUGAACCUCUCUGUGGGGUCAAGUCAGGUCAAAAAUCGCCUGCAUCUGAAAAAGUAUGUUCUCCAACAGAAUGCGAGCUUCAAAAGAUCACAUGCAGAUUAUAAGUCGGAAGCUAUUCAUGAGCACAAAUGGCACUUGACUAUGGAGAGCUACUUUGUUCCAUUUGCACCUUCCAGAGGUGUGCUGUGCUCCACACUUAUGAAAUGGGCAGGUACCAGUUUUGCCUUCAAGAAAAGAAGGAAGGGUACAUAGAAUAUAUCUAAUGGCCAACAUAUCAUCCACACAAAGAAAUACAGAUACUGCUGGAGGCAGAGAGAACAUUUCAUGAGAGGUGUAUGGAUGUGCUCAAUCAUUUGACACAUUAAGUGAUGGAUAAGAGAGGACUGAGAUGAUGGACUACACCUUCAAGACAAAUAUGCAGCUCUUUGAAGGAACAUGAGGUAGUAAUGUUUGUACAAUUAGAAAUAUCAUGAAGCCCAUUGGUCAAAGCAGUGUUGAUCAUUUUUAAAAAUACCACAUGGAAAAAGAUGUACAUAAUCAUCACUAUAGUGUACGCAUGUAAAGGCUAGUUUGUGUAAUAUAUUGUAUUAUUGACCUGUAAAUAGUCACCCGUAAAUGAAAUAUUCUGAAAAUAUUGAAUAAAUAUCUAAUAAAAGCUUUUUAAUUGU